AUUUUCUCAUCUCCAUUUUUAGCCCUAAUAGUACACCUCCUCUCUCUAGCCUCCACCUCGCCGCACACAUGCUCUUCACUUCCAAACUCUUCAGUCUCCUUUACUUUCCCUCACUUUCUCCCUCCAAAUCCUCGCUUCCCCUCAUCGGUUUCUCCGACAGCGCGUCAAAACGGCCCCGUUCUGCUCGCUCUUGACCCUGUCGUUCCAGAUCGCGAGGUAUGUGCCGUUGGUUGUUAUCAAUUUGCUCGCUGUGAGGUCUAACUAUUGGUUAUGGAUGCUGUGGAGUUGAAUUAUCCUGUGGAUGUGGCGGCAACGAAGCUCAUGGGAUCGGAAGGGUCUGGUGGAGAUAGGGUUACGGUGAUGGAGGCGGAGGCUGCGGCUUGCGAGUCGAGCCGUGAGCUGUGCAACUCUUUGCGUAGUGAAAAAGAAGUGACAAGCACAGCAAAUUUUUUGGAGUCAACACCAUUGAAUAAGGCUCCAGAUUCUGAACUUUGUCGGCAUGCUAGCCAGCUGCCCAGCUUUCUGAGUGAAGGUGUGUCUAAACAGCGCCGUUGUGAUGGUGCCAAUGGGCCUUCACGGGUUCCAAGGCCUGAAGAAGUGCAGGUACAGCGAAAAUCAGGACAAAUGUCAAGAAGUGGUAGUGGAUGUCAUAAAAGACCAUGGAUAGCUCUAUCAGAAGAUACUACAGGUCCAGCUGCAGUUGAUGACACGAAGGUUCCGUCUGAUAAGCUGGGAUCACAUCCGACAAAAUGUGACUCUCAAGAGAAAGCUCAUUCGUCAAGACAAAAGAACAACUGCGGCAGCAAACGAGGGGAUAGGAGAAAUUUCAAAGUUUCCACAAAGGUUAAAUAUGAUUCCUUCUCUGUGAAGGCCAGUUUGGCGAACUUCAAUUCUGCUGCUGCGGGGAACAACUUAUUUGGAUUGUAUGGUCUGAAGACAGAUGUCCAUGACAUAACAAAACUUGUAGAUGAUUUAUCAUUGAAUGAUCUCCUUCAAGGCACUUAUGAGUGUCCUAGCUUGGGCAAAGACAGGGGAAAGAAAGCAACAAACACAACUGAACAUAUUCUGCAUUCAGUAAGAAAGGCUUGCUCUAUUCUUCAGCUACCUACGUCUGUGCAGUUCCACAAUUUUGCUGAGAUAGAUACUUAUUCCAAUGAGAAAGUCCCCACAUGCCAAUCUAGCUCUAUUUCUAUUGUGGGAAAUGGAGAUAAUGGUGAUUCAUCUACAACAGAUCUAUCUUCAUCUAACAAGUUACAGGAUUCUUGUGGCAGGUCUGAAAUUCCUGCUAAUUUGCUCAAUUUUUCAUUUGACCAACCUAAAGAUACAUUGGAACGCUUAGCACUUCCUCCACCCAAGGAUUUGGAGUCUUUGCUUCUGGAUGCAGCCAAGCCUGCUGUAUCUUCAAGGAAUGCUCCUGAUCCACGUACAGGCAAGCAAACAUCUCGCCGGCCAAGCUUGUCACCUUUUCCCUGGUCACAAACUUUUAGUGGGCAUUGUAGAACCAAUUCUGAUGCAGUUAAGCUUUUAGCAAGUAGGAGCACAUGCCAAGGUAGAUGGGUGAAAAUGGGAAACUCUCUCAAUUCACUUGGGAUUACCUCUAGUUGUUUUACAAAUUUGGAGUCCUUUGCAUAUGAUGAGACCCUAGUUCCUUCAAGUGGACCAAAGCUGGCUAUCCUAGAAAGUAAUUUUGCUUCAUCUAUGUCUGUUACUCAUUGCGAGUGGGGUUCAUCAAUAGCAGCAGCUUCUAUGACAUGCCACAUUCAUCUAGGCAAUACUUGCAUGAAGGAAUCAUCUUUAAACCUCAAGAAUGAAGGAAAUGUUGAACAUUGUCCAAGAGUACUAGCAGCUGCUCAAACCUUGUGUGAGAUUACCACAAGUACCUCGAGGCUAAACCAAGUUGGAAUGAAGUGGCCAAAAAAGCCUUCACAAAAGGUGAUGAAAGCUCGCAAAUCAAAAUCAAAUGAGAAACAUGAAGAAUUGUUUGCAUCAUCCACUUUGAUUAGAAAUGUGGACCAAACAUUGACCUCUAAGAGGCCUAGACUCUCAACAAGUGAGAACAAGAAGGAUGUUGUGCAUAUCAAUGGCGUGCGAAAGGGCCCAAUAAAUUGGUCUACGCCGAAGUCGAGUAGAUCAUCGCCCAACAAAUCAGUUAGGGACUCGAGUGCCUACAGUGUAAAGCAGUCAUGCAUGAUGCCACCGCCAGCAAAGGUUCUGAAUAGAGCUUGCAACGGCCAACAAAAGGUACGUAAAUUAAUGCGAAUGGAUUGGAACCGGGAACGUGACAGGCAGGAUUGAUAAAAUGCCAUUCCCAGCUAUUGGGAUGAGUCAUUGCUGGCGCUGCAUGACCUGCCAAACUGGGUUGAUGUAUAUAGCGGGGUUGUUGUAGGGUUACACUGUAGGUGAGAUGGAAUCUGUUGUAACCGUUGAUCGAGCGUUGAACAGGGAUGUUGUAACAUUAAGGAGACUUGUAGUUCACAGCAGAGAAAUUCUUUGCCUUGUGUAGAGCAUUUAUGAGGCAAUAGAAAUUUCAGUUUUUUCA